AUGUCUUUUCUCGGAGAUUAUACUACGAAUACCGUUACUUACCCUUCCCAGGGCGAAAGUAUAGCUGGCGUCUUGUAUCGCCCAAAUAAUGUUUCCAAGCCACCUGGUAUUGUAAUAAUUGGACCCUAUUCCUUUAUUAAAGAGCAAGCACCGAUGCAGUAUGCCACUCGUUUGGCAAACCAAGGAUAUGCCGCCUUAAUUUUUGAUCCACGUACAGUUGGCGAAAGCACUGGAGAACCCAGGCGAUUGGAAAAUCCUAAAAUGAAAAACGAAGAUGCUGUAGCCGGAAUUGACUAUCUUAUCCUGAGAGGCGAUAUCGACGAAAGUAAGAUUUUUCUUCUUGGAAUUUGUCAAGGUGGACCUGAAUGUUUGGACAUUGCUUCUUAUGAUGAUAGAGUUGUCGGUGUGGCAUCUGUGUCCGGCUACUAUCGUGAUCAUGAAACCGACAUUUACAUGAUUUGUGCGGGCUGCGUUGACUGGAAACCCGAUUUAGAUAUUGCUACUAUGAAGAUGCCAACCCCAGAGCAAGGAGAGGCACUUUUCAAAGCUCGGAUUGAGAGAGCAAAGAAAGCUCAAAAACUAUAUGAAACUACCGGCGAGGUCAUUUACCAACCAUUAGUCGAUAAAAAAGCAGCAGAUCCCAACGUCGGAUCGUUAGCAGGCUUACCAGGUCCAGUUGUUUGGUCUUGGUAUGGUCCAUGGACUUUGAAAAAUUAUGAAAACCGAUAUGCUGUCCUUAGUGACUUGGAUCAUUUUAGUUAUCAAACUGUCGAAAAUGUUGCAAAACUUAAAAAACCUGCUUUGCUUAUUCAUGGUGAUAAUUGUAUGAACGGAGCUGCGGCAAAGAGACACUUUGAGUCUAUUCCAACUAGCAAGAAGAAGCUUAUUUGGAACAAUGAUGUCUCUCAUUUCCAGCACUACGACCAACCAGACGUUGUUGAUCGAAACUGUGGAGAAAUUUUUUCUUGGUUCCAAAAGAUUUGA